UACACCAACACUCCUGAGCUAGCCGCACACAAACACAUCCGAAGAAGACAGAUAACUGCUCUUGUAGUUUCGCGUUUCACCGCGCUGAAAGUGUUUUAGCGUUUACCAACCAGGGAAAAAAGUGAAACAACCCCGAAACAGCAGCGAGAACCGCAACCAAAACCGGACUAAACAUACCUCCACUUUGAAGACUGUCCCUAGCGAAGUACGAUCUACUGCACGACCGCUGCUAGCUUCUUUACUUGGCAAGUUCAGGAAAUAAGUUACGAUGUCCGGAAUUGCGAUCGCGCGUCUCGGUGAAGAAAGGAAAGCAUGGCGUAAGGAUCAUCCCUUUGGUUUUGUUGCACGUCCGGUGAAAAAUGCUGAUGGCACGCUGAACCUCAUGACGUGGGAGUGUGCGAUUCCUGGCAAGAAAGGUACACCAUGGGAAGGUGGCCUGUACAAACUACGUAUGAUCUUCAAGGAUGACUAUCCAACCAGUCCGCCAAAAUGUAAAUUCGAACCGCCACUAUUUCACCCGAACGUUUACCCAUCAGGCACAGUUUGCCUCUCGCUGCUGGACGAGGAAAAGGAUUGGCGUCCGGCGAUUACCAUCAAGCAGAUCCUGCUUGGCAUUCAGGAUUUGCUCAACGAACCUAACAUCAAGGAUCCGGCGCAAGCGGAAGCGUAUACUAUCUACUGUCAAAAUCGUCUGGAAUACGAGAAACGUGUCCGAGCUCAAGCCAGAGCCAUGGCAGCCACAGAAUAAGCUAAAUCGAAGGCAGAGUUAUUCAAGAGGCAACAACCGACAGUAAUACAUCUAAGCAAAUCGAAUGAAACGCAAAUUGAAGAAGUGAAAAAAAAACUGAUUGGGUAUAAGUGAGAAGCGCAAAAGAGUACACGAAAAUAAAAGCAAGUAAAGAAUGGAUAGUUGCAACGGCGAACUGAUUGUGUCCUAAUUAUAGUAUCAUAAAACCAUUACACUACACAUAUGCUAAUCUUUCCACUUUCAAAGCAAAGCAAACAACAGCAACAACAAAAAUCGAGCAGAUAACACUUUAUGCUAGCCUAGUUGUAAGCCAUUUUUAAAUGAUAUAAUUUAACGGGGAAUACCGACAAAUAAAACUAGAAACGGUCA